AUGUCUCAAACCAUGACUUCCUCUCUCUUGAAGACCACCAGGAUUGUGGGAAAUCAAUCUUUGGACGUCGCUGAUCUUGAAGUCAUCAAUUUUGAAAAGAUUGCUGCGAAGGAUCCCGUUGAGAUGGCGAAGCUUCUGAAGGCUGCCGAGUCGACGGGAUUUUUCUUCUUCAGUUUCAACAAAGAGCUGUCGGAAACGAUGUCCAAGUAUCUUCAGACUUGUUACCAGAACAGCGAGGGCUAUUUCACCAAGCCUAUUGACGAGAAGAUGAAGGACUUUAGAGAAGAUGUGGAUCGUGGCUACAAACAUAGACCGGGCGUUGAAUCAUACGAAAUUGCUCGAGACGAACAAAACAGCAUCGCUUUACCAACCCCCUUCGCAGCGCACGCUGGGACAACGAACGACUUCAUUGAUAUUUGCGACACCAUAGUUCGCGCCUGCCUCCGCAGCCUUUCAGCUAGCCUUGGUCUUGAAGGCUCCUCGCAUCUCGAAAAAUCCCAUCCUCCAGAAGGACCGAGCGAUUCCGGACUAAAGUUCGUCUCUAGUCCGACUCUUGCACACACCGCCGAUGUUCCCGACUCUACACACACCGACAGCGGUUCAGUCACCUUGCUAUGGUGCGAAAAAUGGGCCAGUCAGUUGCAGACAAAGGAGACAAAAGAGUGGCUAUGGAUUGAGCCCAAACGUGAUUGUGUCUUGAUCAACCUUGCCAACUAUCUGCAAAAUCAGACCGGCGACCGCUUGCACUCCCCAGUCCACCGGCUAAUGCAGCCGAGUGACGGUGUAGAGGACCGGCACUUUGUAUCAUAUUUCCUCAGACCAACCUGCUAG